AUGACUACAGGCACGCCGGGAACCUGUCUGUGCUUGCCUAUGAAGAUUGAUGCUCUCAGUCAACCAAGCUUUUCCUGUCCUGGUCGGCAGUCCGGCGAUGUGACUGCCACUUCCACUUCCGAGAUGGAGACUCGGAGUCCAUUUCGAACACUCUUUGUCGGCAGCCUCCUGAAAGAGGAAGGCGAGCAUAACGGGAGAGGGAUAUGCAGUGCAGGCAGCCGCGGAAGGUCAGCAGGAACCAACGAGGAUCUGGCUUCUGAAAGGAUGAAUUUGAAUUCACAGGCAGAGUCUGCCGCUGAGGGAACAGCGCAAAACAUUGAGAAAGGCCACAUGGGCGUUGUUUCAGGUAAAGAUGCCUCAGUAUGUUGGAAUCUAAGAGGCCUGCUGGAGCCGUCACCAGUUAAUCAUGAGCAUGCAGCGCUUCAGGAUAUCGGCUGUCCACUCCCUCAGUUAAACCUCUCAAAGACCAAAGCGGUGAGCCUCCCGAGCAUUAAACAAACCUGCUGUGUACAGAAGCUCACGCGACUGGAGGCGCAGGAGAAAUGGGGAAGAAAGGGACGAGAGGCGACAGAUGGCAGAUGUACAUCCACUACUUCUUCCACCCUCUCGGGCUCAAAAGAGAAUUAUUCUUCGCUCUAUCACCCAUGCCCUUCAUCCUCAAUCACAGACGCGGAUGCACAGAGUUUUGGGUCUUUUCCCCCCGUCGCGUUUCCCCAGACGUCUCCUUCUCGUCCGUGUUCUGUCUCCUCCCUCCUCUCUGCUUCGCUCGUUUGUCUCGUCACCGCUCCUGGCUGUUCGUCUCCCCAUGAGACUACACCAGGGAGUGUGUCCACCCCGUCGCUCUCCUUCCCUCCGUCUCAGCUUGCUGCUGAAACGGGAUCUUCUGAUUCGGACAGUGAAGGCGUUUCUUCACUAGGUGCCACGGGCACUUCCUUUUUCCUUGACAUGCCGCUCACUUCCCAUACUCCAAAUGGCGCGACGUUUCCCUCAGAUGCGGCUUGGAGUUUCUCCCCGUCUAAUGAAGCCAAUGGCGUACCCAACGCGCUGGCCAACGAAUCGGAUUCGUGGAUGCAAUUCGGGCCGGGAGGUCUUCGAGAAGAAGAAAGCGACGAAGCGUUGGAAAGCCUUUCCUCGAAUCUCACAUAUGCUUCCUUGUGUGGAUCUCCUGAGGAUGAGAGUGACGCGGGCAAGGCUGAACCCAAAGAGCCAAGGGUGCCUGUGCUCUGGCACCCUGCAAAAUUCUCUCCUUGGCCUAACGCUUGGAGAUGCAGGCAAACGGAGAAGAGUGACGAAGCCAGCCCGGGGCACCAGCGCGGAUCUCCCCAUGGUCUGAUCGGCCCCGUCAUGCGCUCGGUGAGCGGGACCUCGUCUCGACUUACGACCACGGCAUCGGCAGCCGCGAGAUUCGCUGAAUCUCCGACCUUCCUGUCCGUUGGAAAGAUGGCUUUUGGUUCCAAAACAGACGACGAACAAGACAGCGAGUGUCUUCUUCCUGCCCUGAAGCCGACGACGUCAUUCCCCUCUUACGUGUCGCAGACUUCGUCUUCGACAGCUUGUUGCACUUCUGCUCCGAUUUCUCCGUCGAAGCUUCCCGAGGCGACUCACGCCAGUGAGGUGCAAAGCCCGAGCAGCAGACGAAGCAAUGCAAGCAGCGGCGGGUUUUUUCCCCAUUCGGACAGUGGUUCUGCGCAAAGGGACGGGAGAAAGGAACUGGAGAGCCUCUGCGCGGGAGAAGGAAACGACUGUCCCACGCUCGUACAGACCGAGAGGAACCAGGCUGCACGAGGGAACUCUCCAUUGGUGUCACCGGCAUGCGCUGACACCGGAUUCGAUAGAAAACACUUUGCACUUGAUGACACUAGACGGUUGUUUGGAAGCGAUCUAGUAGAAGAACGAGACAUGCCGAGGCAGGGGCAGUGUGGAGACGAUCGAGGCCACCAUGCCUUCUCACGAUAUGGGGAACCCUGGUCUUGUAUCCCACAUAGCGAGACUGAUAGCAGACACUUGUCCCCAGAUGCGGCGCCUUGCUUUGUUUUGCCGUCUUCAACGGCGCUGUUAUCGCUCGGCGGUUCGGCUUUGCUUCGAGAUCCAGAAGGUCAAGGACACACAGAGAAACGUGGAGAGCGCGACGGGAUUAUCGCAAUGCCUAAUCGCGAGCAACGGAUGCCAGGAUUGUCUGAGACUUCCCCAUUUCAAGGUUGGGCGGCUCCGGGCCCGCUUCCAUCCGGCCUUGUCUAUCGGGACACGAGCUUUCGACCUGCGCGGUACGCGUCACCAGUUGACGGCGGGCUUCCUCACUCUUUUCAUCCGGCCUACCCAGUGGAGGUCCCGCGCGCUACAGCCAAACAGAUUGCUUCAACGGGGCAGGAAGGUGUCCUUUCUCCAAAUGCUGACCUUGGCGGGAUGACGAGCGCGCCGCAAGUCUCCGACUCUGUCGGCCCGACCCCUGAUCAGAGCUGGAUCGCCUACCCUCGAAAUCCCCUGCGUUCCUACACCUCCGCUGUUGCGGAACUCGAUGUGCAUGGAGAGCAUGCAGUUCUGCUUCCCCAGCUGCGGGAAGGGGAAGCCAGCGGUCGAAAACCCGAGCAGACGCCGCCAGGAUCCUUUCAUCCGGGGAAUGGCCAAUGCUCCGGCUUUCCCACCGGACCCCAGGCCCUAGGCCGAUCUCCCAGUUAUCCAGACUGUGAGCCGCGCAGCUCGUGUGCUAGGCCCUUUGCAGGCUUCCACGCCCGGCCUGCGUUCCCCCCUCCACCUCCCGGCCCGCGCCUUGCUGGUGGGCUGUCCCGAGUGUGUCACACUGAUCCCAGGCGCCCCGUUGUCGCAUCCAUGCAGGAGCGUGGCGCUCCGAGGCCGGGCCUUUUCAGCCUUGACCGCCAGAGCGACUCAGGGAUGGAACGACGGGACACUGUGGCACGAGGCAUGGUUCACGAGUCGGGCGGUUUUGCCGGGAAUGCGCCGCUUCGCGGACAUCAACCCGCUCCGCAUGACGCUUCCAACUUUUUUGAGAACGGUCAGGCGCUUCGAGGGAAACCAGGGAACGGUGUGGCACACGGGCUGAAGAGCGGCUCCGCGGAUUUCGGAGCGCGCCAUUUUAAAGCGUCUCGACCGGUGCCCCAGCCUCCACCUCCGGAAUUCCCAUCACACGGCGCUUCGUGUGCGUCUCUACCUCAAGCGUCUCAAGGCGUUGACACGCCGUCACUUGUUUCUCCGUUCCCCCCUUCACCUAACAUUGUGAACGGAGAAAACCCGGAACAGCGCGUCCAGGGGAUGGAAGGCAUGCCGGUGCCCGUCGGCAUUACCUUGGGCGCUGGGAUGACAACGCAGGGCGGCCGAGAUCCUCUCGACUUGGGCGCUAAACAGCACACGACGAAUCCUUCGAAUUCGCCAGGCUUCACGGGCACUGGCGACAUCGGAGAAACGUUCCCUGCUUGUCCGCAGCGCCCGUCAUCUCCGAUGUCGCUCACGCUGAAUCGUCUCCUUGCGGCGUAUUGCGGCCCAGCGCCUGAGAAGUUCCUGGCGUGUCCAUCUGCCGUCGCAGCGCUCCCUGCUGCGUCUUCGCAAGCUCCUGUGCAGAAAGAUCAGCAGCCGCGAGAGGGCCCGCCUGGAGGACCAACUCCAGGGACUGCGGGAGGCGGAAGCCGCGGCGGAGGUGGGAGGCGUCUGUUGCCAGGGAAAGGGGCGCGAAGCACGACGUGCAAUGGAACUCCGCCGGUGAAUCUCGCACCGCGCCUGCAGGCUCGCCACGAACGGCCGGGGUGUUUUACUCCGACCACUCACGGGCUGGGGCUAGGCAAGGCGGCAGUUCACACCAGUCUCUUUCAGCCCGCGGGAGCGUGGCGCGCCCGAAUGCCUCCCCGAGGGAAGGACGGCUCCGCGGGAAAAAACAAGGAAGAGCGGAGAGACUAG